CUAGUUUCAUUUCCUCCUGUUCCAGCCGCUCACCCAAGAACCGGUCGCCAGGAGCUUGGGCCGACCGAGCUAUUCUAUUCUCCUUGUUCCUUUUGGCCGUUCGCCCCUUUACUCCUUCUUUGUUUCUUUGUUUCUUUUUUUUUUCCUUUCUUGCAUCUGGCCGCUAGUUACUCUUUCUCUCUUUCUGUUUUUUUUUUGUUCUAGCAGCUGGCCGCUAGUUUCUCUUGGCUGACCUCUCUUUUCUCUCUUUUUUUUUCGAAAUCUGUUCCGGUUUCUGUUCGUGUGCUUAGGGUUCACAGAACCCUAAACUGUUCUUAGUUUUCUUAUACCUGAUCUGAUCGGUUGUAGUGAUUUCUGCCGAGCUCUCAGGGAUAAAAUCCCUUUCAUUAUUUUACUGUUUUUUUUAAAAAAAAUGAACUCGGUUCAUCAGGGUUUCUGGAACUCGAUUCGAGUUGGGGAUUCUGUACUAACUCGUACUCCGAGAUCCUCUUUCUGUUUGGAACUACAGGAGAAAACGACCCCCUUCCUCCAAUCGUAUAGAGUUCUUGAUAUUAUUAUUAUUAUUUUAUUUAUACCACCGCACAGAUCGACCAUCGGAUUUGUUGAACCCGAGCUCUAUUAUUUUUCUGUGAAUGAAAUUUCUGUACCUUUGACUGACAACCAGUACAUGGAUUAUAUUGAUAGUGCUCUGUGCACAUAAUCUGUACGUGGUUUCUGUUUUAUUGACUGUUUCUUGGCCGUGGAUCGUGGAUCUCGAGCCACUGUUCUCUUUUGUUGACCCAGAUUAAAACCGACUAGGGUUAGGUUAUUAAACCCUAACUCUAAAAAAGUUAUCUGUUUUUACCAUCUCGGAAUCCAUGGGUUUGGCCUAGACUAGAGUCUGACAGUGGCCAAAACCCUAGAUUAGUGUUAGGUUAAAACCCUAACCCGAGAGAUCUAAAAAAAUCUUUCUAUUCUAAAUUGUAUGUUCUCGGGUGAUUAACUAUGAAUAAAAAAAAUAAGUUCAAUCACAUUUAUCCGAGACCUUCUGUGAUCUCAUACAAACCAAAACGUGGAUUAGGAGAUAUAGGGUUCUUAGGUUGCCUUUGAUACCAUUGUUGGGAUCUAUACUGUCUAGGAUCGAUUCCUAAGUCCCUAGAAAACCAAUCCGUAACUGGAACUGGAAGUAUAAUCUUGAUGACGAGUAGUUCUGAUCUACUAAGAGGAAUAGAGGAAUACACACCUUACCUUUGUUGUUGUUGCUAUCUUCAUACCGUCGCCCUGCAGAGAAGCAGCAGGCAUCGGGAUCCGAGCCGCUGUAGGUUGUCGCGUUUCCAAACACUCCGACGCCUAGGCGAUGGGGGCCUCUGAGGACUAGGGUUUUGGGGCGAGGUACUAGCGUUAGUCUUUCCUGCGACCCUUUAGUCCUAUAUAUAACGUCGUGUGUCUGGGGGCUCCAACCGAGGUUAGCGUGGGCCCUCCCGAUCAAGGGCCCGAUUAAAGAAACGAUAGUUGGGUUAAGUCCAAUCCAGUCUCUAUUGACCGGCUGUAGAGGACACACCCAACACCACGGCCUCCCUCGACCAGCGGCACGCGUACGCCAUCACCCCUUCCCUACUGCUCCCACCCGAGAUUGUUGUUGUCCCCAUCUAUGCCUUAGGUUUGCACUCGCCGAGGCCGCCCCCGUCCUCCCCAACGGCGAAUCGCGAUGAUUAUGCCCCCAUCCACGCGCCACGCACCUCCUUCCCCGUCGCUCCCACCGAAGAGGGUCAGCGUCCUUCCUCCUUCAGUCCCUUCCCUUGCUUCGCUCUCAACGCGACUGACCAUCCAUGGAGCAAGGCUAGGGGAUUCGCCGAGCGGGACAAAAACUGGUUCAGCGGCGCUGUGGUGCUCGGCGCGUCUAGGAGCUCCCGGCGGCGGCCUCUGGGAUGGUGACCAUGAUGCAUGGGCUCAGGACGAUGUUCAUGUCACACAAGGGCAAGAUCCAGGUGCACAGGGACGAGCAGAGCAUUGCCUUCGCCUCUGUAUCUACAUCUGUCAGCACGAACAUAUGAGCUGCUAGGUAUCCUAAUCUUUUUCCAUGUCUAUCUAUCCCUCACCCAUGUGGAUAUUGUGCCCGUGUUUUGAUGGCGGCUUAGAAUCUUGUUGAAGCAGUCGUUCUGUAUUCCCUCCUUUCAAAAGCAAAUCUUGAGAAUAACAGGUAAAGAAGUCCCGAAGAGGAGCAAAAUCAUUGAUUGGAUGUGGGCUUACAUCCAAAAUGUGACCGUUUCUAAAGGGUGCAUAAGGAAUCUUACGGUGAUAAGCUUAGACCUAUUUGCUGUUUGGAAUACUACGGCAUAGAAGAAGCAAUGGUGCAAUUAAACAGUUUAUUUAAAAGAUUAUAAAGUUGGAGCAAACUUUUAGCUGUAGCAUACAUCUUCUAUCAGAUUUAUCACAAUUUUCUUUGCUGAAAAA